AUGGACGAGACACCUUCAAACACUGCACCUCAAGGUCAUUCGACCGUCAAACGGGUCUUUGUCAUCUCCUCGUCUAGUUACAGCCUAAUGGAUCCCCGAAUUUGGCGUCUGAGAGUACAAAACAACAAGAACACCUUUCUUAUUCCUUCAGCUUAUUAUUUAAACAACCCUGACUUAAUUCCGUUACGACGCAAUCUUGCACCGAAAACCUUUCUCGAAAGAGCCCUCAAGGGUGUCCGUUACGAAGAAUUUGGACCUAAUCACAUCUUUAGCGUUCGUCGAGCCGCUCUUGAAGACAUCAAUAAGACCACCAAGAAUCUCUCUCUCCACUUUAACCGUUAUGAAAUCAGCACUCUGCUCAAUGUGUACUAUACGUUGACCAACUACGAGGUUCGUCCUAUGAAACAAGCUGAACUAAUGAAUUUUCUGUACCUUACUCUGAAUAUCACGAAUGUGGAGAGUCUACAGGGCCUGUAUAGAGCAGGAAUCAAGUUAAUGUGCCAUGGAAAUUUCAAACUAAUGGGAGCUUUCGAUUCUCUCACUUUUGUUCAUCUAAUGUCGGUGCUCCUGCGUGGCAGUAUCGAGGAGCGUGCCGUUCUGAGCUUUUACGUUCUAGACGAAAAUGAUGAUGGACUAAUCACGGCCAAAACAGAACUUGCCCAUUCGUUGAGAUCAAGCUUUAAUCCCAGAGUGGCAGCUUCUGCCCCAGAAAUCGAUCCCGAGGAACCGAGUCGAGAUACGCUUCGAUAUUUGAUUAAGAAAAUGGGACUGUCUGUUGACGGAGGUCUUAAUUUGGAUGAAUUUGUUAAUGAGUGUCUUGUUUCACCCUGGUUAAUCGAUGGGAUUCUCCCCAACUUACCCUCAGAAAUAUCCAAUUACGCAUUCCAGUGCGUAGUGUCACAAGUACCGAAGCUUCCACUAAUAGAGAACAAUGCUGCACGAAACAGGAGCAUAGUGAGCAUUAAAAAGCGGAAAAGAAAAGAUGAAUGA